AUGGCUGAAUUUAAAUAUCCAGUUCGUUCUGGUCAUUUGAAUCGGAAAACUACCGGAGUCUUCGAGGUUCCACAUCUGCCACCUUGGACACAAAGCCACGUUCAGCACGCGCAGAAUCUCCUUGAGUGCUCAGACGAACCUAUUGAGUACGAUCACGACGACGAAGAUUACUCGGACAACUGCUUCUUUUUCCCCGAGGACUGUUCCUGGUCUCCGCCUCCGAACUGGGUUAUUGAAGACGACAGGUCCGAAGACGAGAUUGCCGACGGAACUGACUCUGAGCACGACUGCUACAACGGCACAAUGAUCCCGGGACUUCCCGACAUCCGAAUGCUCGAUGCAGAGGCCCUCAGCGAUUUGCUAGAGGACAACCUCUCGCCUCCGGAGAUCACUACGAUCCUGGUGUUUGCCACAAACGGUGCCAUCUUUGCCUAUGCCUCGUCGCUUUCAUCUCGGCAGUUGCGCAACUUGAGCGCCACAUACGGAGCUGCCUAUACUUGCUACGCAAAGAACGCUUCGAGCGGGAAUCUUACAGGCGUGAACCCAUCCAGUCACCCGUCGUCAUAUGUCACGGCACAGUCAGUGUCGCUAGGCGACGUAGGCUCUAUUGUCUUUGAGCUUGAGGACUCGGUUGCCGUUGUGACCAGGAUAGCGGACAAAGUCCUGCUGGCCGCUGUGGGGCCGUCGAAACCUGACAUCGACGAGGGCAGUUCUGCCGACGGAACGCAAGUUCACCAAAACGGCUUUGCGACGUCGGCAGCGGAGUCGAAUGCACACCGGCACACCACCAACGGUACACACACCAGCCAACCGCCAACCACCACGACCUCUACCCCGACCAGCAUCUCUCGCAGCGAGAGCGAAGCUGACGUACAAGCAGACGCAGAGCUAGAGACGCAGUACGAGAUUGACCGGAGCAGCAAUCUCGCUCGUCUGGCGAGCUUGAAUCUGUCUGCAUCGCCCUCGACGCUCUUGGCGCUCGAGUCAAAGGCUGCCGCUCUGGGAAGGUUUCUCAGUCAGAAGUUGGCCCACCUUGAGAGUCCUGAAGAUUUUUAG